CUGACUAAGCUUAGAAUGUUUAUUUCCAGUUGUGAAAUUAACGGGAUUGCGAUUGUUACUUUUUGAAAUAUGCUGGAGGCGCGUUUAAGUCAGACUUUGCUGCUGAAGAAGAUCAUCGAUGCUCUGAAAGAGAUAAUUGCCCAGGGAACGCUGGAUUGCAGCGAUUCUGGAUUGCAGCUCCAGUCUAUGGACAAUUCGCAUGUGUCACUGGUCGCUCUGAGCCUGCAAUCGGAUUGCUUUGAGAAGUUCCGCUGUGAUCGCAACGUCUCCUUGGGACUGGACCUUAAAUCCCUGGCCAAGGUGCUCAAGUGCGCCAAUAGCGACGAUACUGUCACAAUUAAGGCCAUCGACAAACCGGACAAGAUCUUGCUGAGUUUCGAAUCGGAUGGCAAGGGGCGCUCUGCGGACUACGAACUAAAACUGCUGAAUCUGGACCAGGAUCACCUGGGAAUUCCAGAUACGGACUACUCCUGCAUCGUUCAACUGCCAUCGACGGAGCUUGCCCGCAUCUGCCGGGACAUGAGCAUGUUCAGUGAAUCCCUCACGAUUGCCUGCACCAAACAGGGCAUUAAGUUCUCGGCCAACGGAGAUUUGGGCUCGGCCAAUAUCCAACUGACUGAGGGCAGCAAAAUGGAUGUUAGCAUCGAGGUGAAGGAACCACUAACCCAGACCUUUGCCGGACGGUACCUGAACACCUUCACUAAGGCCACUCCCCUGUCGGAUCGCGUUAAGAUUUGCCUGGCCGCCGAGGUGCCGCUCCUGGUCGAAUAUCCCAUCGAGGACUUUGGCUAUAUACGAUACUAUCUAGCUCCCAAGGUGGAUGAUGCUGACUCGUAACUGACUUAAAGAUAAAUCCUUUUUUACUCAAACUAUUUUUAACGCAAUUUCUAAACAAACCAAAGAGUCAAAUACCUCCUAAUACGUAACAUUUAUUGUAUAAAUUAUAUAAAUAACCACGUAA